CAUACGCACCCCCGCGCCUUUUGAAAUACAUCCCCAUCAUCCCAUUCAUCGUUCUCGAACGGAUUGGUUUCGGUGACGCACGCGGUCUCCAAGUUCACGAACAUCAUCAGCCUCUAUCUAAUUCCGGAGAAUUAAGGCGCUACCAGAACCCUAUUUUUUUUCCAGCUCUUCUUCUUCUUCUUCUUCUUCUUCUCCUCCUCCUCUGUAACUGUUUCGAGGUUCUUCUGAUACUUAAACCUGAAUUUCACUCUUUGCUUGCCAUGUUCGUUUCCUGCAACUACUUUUACCCCCGACAGCAAACACUAGAUAGUCUUUUGAAUUCGUAGAAAGUUUUCAUUUUUUUUUUUCUUGUUUAAAUUUUCGUCCUGAUUGAAUACGUUUUGAGAGGACAAAGUCCACAGUUGCUACCGAAUGUCAGUACAGAUAUCGUUUGAAGCAUGGGAGGAAGUGCAACGGCAUGGGCAAGAUUUGGCGGAUCGGCUUGCACAGGGGUUUACUGGAUUGCUUCACUCUCACAUAAACCAGUCCUCUUUCUCAUGGCCAACUCCCCAGAAGCCGAAGCUCUUUGAUGUUGAAUUCCCGAACCAGAGCUUCGGAAAAAGGGAGUUUGGCCUAGCUACGGAUAAUUCUGGGAUCAAUGGGGUUUCUACAAUCUUUGAUAUUGGGAAUAGGUUGGGCCAAGCUGGGGCAGAGUUCGGGGCUUGCUUGAAUGGAGUCGUUCAGCAGUUCUUCCGUAGAUUGUCUGUGCCAUUUCGGCAAGAUGAGAUUGAGGUGGCGCCUCUUAGGGUAGAUGCGGAGACUCGAAGAAGGGAUGUGGUGGUGGAUAGGCGGGAGGAUUUUGAAUCACUGGCAGAGCAAUUUAGGGAAUACGGAUUUGCAGAAAACAACUAUACUAGCGAUAAAUUAAUGGAUGAAGAGAGUUUUACCUUUAAUCCAAAAUCUGCUCAACAUUUUGGAAAACCUCAGGGGAUCAUUAAUAUUACAUCAACAUACAACAGUAGAACACAUGAUGUUGAAAGUUCUUUAGUUUCAAGAGGGGACUUGUGGAGAGUAGAGGCAUCACAUGGGGGGUCGACUUCAGGAAAUGAGAAUUCCCCACUUUUCCUUGUUCAGCUUGGACCGGUCCUUUUUGUUCGUGAUAGAACACUUCUGUUGCCAGUUCAUCUGUCAAAGCAACACUUUCUUUGGUAUGGUUAUGAUCGGAAGAAUGGAAUGCAUUCUCUCUGUCCAGCUGUUUGGUCAAAGCAUAGAAGGUGGCUGGUGAUGUCAAUGAUUUGUCUCAACCCAUUGACUUGUUCGUUCAUGGAUCUACAAUUUCCAAAUGGACAGUUUACCUAUGUGGCUGGUGAGGGGCUAACUUCGAGUGCUUUUCUACCUGUUUUUGGUGGCUUGCUUCAAGCUCAGGGUCAAUAUCCAGGAGAAAUGAAAUUUAGCUAUUCUUGCAAGAAUAAGUGGGGAACAUGCAUUACUCCAAUGGUGCAAUGGCCUGAUAAAUCCUUUUCCCUGGGCCUUUCACAAGACUUAGCUUGGCAGAGAUCUGGUCUCAUGAUAAGGCCUACUAUCCAAUUCAGCAUAUGCCCAACUUUUGGUGGAAGCAAUCCUGGGUUACAUGCGGAGGUCAUUCAUUCUUUGAAGGACAAACUCAGUCUGAUUUAUGGCUGUACUUGUACAACUAAUCCUUCUGCAUUUGCUUCACUAUCUCUUGGCAGGUCUAGGUGGAACGGGGAUGUUGGAAGCUCAGGUGUAGUUUUUAGAGUUGAAACCCCUCUCAGCAACGUUGGCAGGCCAUCAUUCUCUAUUCAGGUGAAUAGUGGUAUAGAAUUUUGAUCGUUCUACCAUAUGCUGUGCAUACAAAUGUAAGUAGUCAAGCUCGACUGCCGUGCAACAUGUGAAUAUACUCGCUGCGACAUGGACAUAUAUUUUUGCUCUUACUUUUCAUUUGUUAAACUUACUAAUGUGCAUAUUUCUUGUAGUGUUUUGGGAACCGGUUAACAGCACAUUGUACAAGAAUUGUUGUAUCUAUUUUAUCCACUACAGAUGUUACUUUAUUGAGCAUGAAAGAACGAAUGCAGAGGUUGUCUGUGAAUGAUUGAUUGUAUUCUGAUUUAUUAUUACCUUUCAGACUUUUAUA